CUGCGUUAGAGAAAGAAAUCUAAGUCUUGAUAAAAAUAAGGAAUGGCGACAAACUCGUUCACGGGGAAAGUGGCGCUUGUUACCGGUGGUACGUCCGGUUUGGGAAAGGCAACCGCUGAGCGUUUAGCUGCGAAGGGAGUAACUGUUUACGUUGUGGAUUUGCAAAUUCCCAAUCAAAAUAACGAAGAGCCCCGGGAUGGGUCCAUCAAAUAUCGUAAAAUCGAUGUUACACGAGAAGACGACGUGGCGAAUGUGGUCAGCGAAAUUAGGUACAAGCACAGCCGAUUGGAUUUUGUAAUUAACUGUGCCGGAAUUUUGGGACAUGUCGAGAACGUGUAUGAUUUCGAUACGGAGCAAAUGCAUUCCACGCAAAUGUUCAUGGAUAUAUUUCGGGUCAACGUUUUUGGCACAUUCAACAUCAUCCGUCAUUCGCUGGGUCUGAUGGCAAACAAUCCGCGAGAUGACGACGGCCAACGCGGUGUAAUUGUCAACGUCUCGAGUAUCGCACGCAGCAACGGCCCACCAGGAAUGGUGGUGUACAACGCCAGUAAGGGCGCCGUCAGCGCCAUGACCGUUCCACUGGCGCGCGAAUGCGGCGCGGUGGGGAUUCGGGUGGUGGCGAUUGCUCCAGCGGCCAUGGGAACUCCGAUGCUGCAAAACGACGAGUAUAGCUGGGCGCUGAGCGGUCAUGCCGAUAAAGCGGUGUUCCCUAAGCGACCGGGGAAUCCACAGGAGUUUGCCCACAUGGUGGAGUUUAUUAUCGAGAAUCAUCUGAUUAAUGCGACCACCGUACGUCUGGACGGAGGAUUUCGAUGUUUUUAAAGAAUUUUUCGCAGUGUUAAAGAGAGCAGCUUGACGACAUUUGGUAUGUCUUCGAUGCGGAAAAGUUUGUGCUUUUUACUUUACCUGACUGGUGGCUAUACUUUCGCCCGUUUUGCGAAUCGGCUCGCUUCAUGAUCCUGUGAUCAAAGACAAAAUUAUGAUUUACAACUUCCUUUGCGAUGCUGUUCCUUAUAGCAGACGGUCAUCGCCCAAACUCUUAAUGUUACAACAGUUAAGCAGAAUUUUAUAAAUCUGCCAUUUCGUUAUCUGUAUUGCACCGCUUAAUGUUUCAGUGACGUGUGACGAUCGAGAA